CAAGCGUUUUCAUUUUAAAAUUCCUGAAAUCCUGAAUAGAUCUCAAAUCAUAAUUUCCAUUUUAUUUUCGGUGACUUCGUUUUCAAAUUAAAAAUGAAAUCCCUCGCGAAAUUGUUUAUUUAUUUUUCACUAAUUGCUAUUAUUAAAACAUCCUAUGCCAAUCCGGCUCAUGAUGAUUUAAAGGGUCAAGAAAAACCACCCGAGGAAAUACCACAGGAACCACCAAAGGCAAUCAGAUCCCGUCGUGAAGUUUCACCACAAAACGGCGAUGAACCUGAUGUCCCAGAGGGUUUGAGACCCCGACGCUCAGUGGCUGCUGAAGAGGUGCCCGAGGAACCACCACAGGAACCACCACAGGCAAUUCGGUCCCGUCGUGAUGUCUCCACCCAGAGUGGUGAUGAACCUGAUGUUCCCAAGGAAUUGAGAACCCGUCGUGAUGUAUCUCAGAAAAAUGGCGAUGAACCGGAUGUGCCCCAGGGAUUAAGGAAUCGCCGUAGUGCCAACCAAGAGAAAUCUGAUGAACCUCAGCCACCAGAGGAUGUGCCCGAGGAACCAGCAUUCAGGGCCAAGCGUCAAAUGCCCUCUCCACCAAAUGGUAUGCCCGAUCCACCAUCACCACCCAUGCCACCAAUGUUUAACUAAAAGGAAUAUCCGUUAAUUGUUAUUUUCAAAAUUUCCAAAAAUUUCAUUUAUUUAAAAUUUAUUAAAAAAAAUAUAAAAGCUAUUGUUUAAAUAAAGGUACCGUAUGAUAUAAAAAUUAAAAAAUAA